AUGAGAGCUUCAAAUCUUUUGCCAGAUGGGUUGAUUUAUAGGGAGUUAAUUAGACGCACGAGUGAGACCCAUACGUUAGAUGAUGCGAAUUAUCUUCUUGAAGAGAUGAUGGAAAACGGUAGAACGCCUGCUGUUGAUGUGCUUGUUGAUCUAGUAGUAGGACUUUCUGCUAUGCUUGAAGGCUGCUGCAAUGCUGGUAAAGUUUUUUUGGCAAAAAGUAUCCUGGACAAAAUGGAUGAGAGAAAGAUAACUGAUUGUGAUUCUUGGAAUAUUCUAAUCAUAUGGCUUUCUGAGAAUAUGGCAAUAAGGAAAGCUGAUGAACUUCUUUGUAGAAUGUUCAUAUUUUCCAUAGUUCCUGACUCUACGACAUACUCAGCUCUUGUUGUAGGCUACUGUUGGUUGAGAAAGUAUGAGGAUGCUCUGCAGGUGUUCCAUCAGAAAGAAACAUUUCCAUUCAUCAAGGUCAGUAAAGGGGAAGGGAAUAGCAAUUCAGGGACCUCAUUUCGUGAUUCUGUCGAGAAUGUAGAAGUAGAAACUACAUUUAUAGAAGAUUAUGAAAAGUCUGAAGAAGAUGUCAGUAAGCAGGAAGAUAUAAUGUCUAAAGGAAAAUCUAGCUCACUUAGUCCUUCAGUUAUCUCACCUAGCAGGAACAAAAAGACCUCUGUUGUUUGA